CACCCCGCAGGGAUUCUAACCUGACUACACCCAGCCCAGAGAGCAUCAGACUGAAGUUUUGAGACUGAGGUCUCUUGCCCCGCCCCUCCAGACUUUAACAGGGAGAGCGGGAGGACCACGCAGGCGCAGAGAGCGCGCACUGGCCCGGGCCUCCAGCCCCUCCGCUUUGGCGCAUGGAGGGGCGCGUGAGCCCCGUGGGCUCGUCCCGCAACCUCCCAGCCGCGGCUGUGCUGUUCCGCGGCCCGGUGGAGCCCGUCGUCUUCCUGGCCAACUUUGCCCUGGUGCUGCAGGGCCCGCUCACCACACAGUACCUGUGGCACCGCUUCAGCACUGAGCUCGGCUACAAUGGCACCCGCCACCGGGGGAACUGCGGGAACCAAAGCGCGGACCCCGUCAUGAAGGAAGUGGAGACCCUGACUUCCCACUGGACCCUCUACUCGAACGUGGGAGGCUUCCUGGUGGGACUCUUCUGGUCCACCCUGCUGGGAGCGUGGAGUGACCGUGUGGGUCGCCGCCCACUGCUGGUGCUGGCCUCGCUUGGUCUGCUGCUCCAGGCCGUGGUGUCCAUCUUUGUCGUGCAGCUGCAGCUGCACGUCGGCUUCUUCGUGCUUGGCCGAGUCCUUUGUGCCCUUCUGGGAGACUUCAAUGGCCUCCUUGCCGCUAGCUUUGCCUCUGUGGCGGAUGUUAGCUCCAACCACAGUCGCACAUUCCGCAUGGCUCUGCUGGAAGCAUGCAUUGGUGUGGCGGGGACCCUGGCAAGCCUUCUCGGGGGUCACUGGCUCCGGGCCCAGGGAUAUGCCAACCCCUUCUGGCUGGCUUUGGCCCUACUGAUCGUUAUGACUCUAUACGCAGCAUUCUGUUUUGGCGAGACAGUGAAGGAGCCAAAGUCCACCCGGCUUUUCACGCUCCGCCAUCACCGAUCCAUCGUCCGGCUGUAUGUGGUCCCAGGCCCAGAGAAGUCCAGGAAGCAUCUAGCCCUGUACUCAUUGGCCAUCUUCGUAGUGGUCACCGUGCACUUUGGAGCCCAAGACAUCCUGACACUCUAUGAGCUGAGCACGCCCCUCUGCUGGGACUCCAGUCUGAUUGGCUAUGGAUCUGCGGCCCAGCACUUACCCUACCUCACCAGCCUCCUGGGUCUAAGAGUUCUGCAGUACUGCCUGGCUGACACCUGGGUGGCUGAGAUUGGCCUGGCCUUCAACAUCCUGGGAAUGGUGGUCUUUGCGUUUGCCACCAUCACCCCCCUCAUGUUCACAGGGUAUGGCUUGCUCUUCCUGUCAUUGGUCACCACACCUGUCAUCCGGGCCAAGCUCUCCAAGCUGGUGAGCGAGUCGGAGCAGGGUGCUCUCUUUUCUGCUGUGGCUUGUGUGAAUAGCUUAGCCAUGUUGAUGGCCUCUGGCAUCUUCAACUCGCUCUACCCAGCCACUCUGAACUUCAUGAAGGGCUUCCCCUUCCUCCUGGGAGCCGGCCUCCUCUUCAUCCCGGCCAUUCUGAUCGGAGUGCUGGAGAAGGCUAACCCACGCCCUGAAUUCCAGCAGUUUCCUCAGAGCUCCUGAUCCGUCAGAGGCCACGAGGAGCAUGGACCGUCACCGACUGCAUGCACCGGCCCAAUGCACUAGCCACUCCUGUGAGUCCAGUACUCAUGGAAAGGGUGGUCAGGCCAGUUGGACACCACCUGUUCUCCCACUGAGCCAGUGUCUGCUGGAUCUGGAAUCUAACUGGAACAGGCCCACUCAGGGCAGGUUGCAGGGAGCCAUUUGAGGCAAGGGUUUCUUCGCCCUUUAUGCUGUUCAUCAGAACCUUCCGGAGUGAAGGGGACGGCACUUCAGGGACCAAGUGAUGCAUGAGACCAGCCUCUCCUUCCAGCCUGUGGUACCACACCCCUGAAAUGUACAGUGACCUCCAGUCACCCCUUAAUGAAAACCAUGGUUCCUGGAGGGAGCUUUUGCUACAGAGGGAGAAGCGCUGUCUGUGGUUUGGAAUCAGCCCCUGACCACAGCCUGUCCACCCUUGACCUCAGCCAUGCCAGUUGUUGAAGUAAAUUGUUUGAAUCAGA